UGCAAAGGCGAUUCAAAGCCUGAACUCCAACUGAAUAGAAGAACAUCCCCAAGACCAGAUGCAAUGGAGAUGUUCAAUUUCACCAACUUCACCUACUGGAAUGCCUCAGAAGGCACUGACGCAGGGCCUGUCAUUGAACCCGAAAGCCCAUACAAGACUGUGGAGGUGGUGUUCAUCGUAUUGGUGGCUGGGUCCCUCAGCCUGGUCACCGUUAUUGGAAAUAUCCUGGUCAUGCUUUCCAUUAAGGUCAAUAGGAACCUACAGACGGUCAACAACUACUUUUUAUUCAGCCUUGCAUGUGCUGACCUAAUCAUCGGGCUGUGUUCCAUGAAUCUGUACACAGUAUACAUAGUGAUUGGCUACUGGCCCUUAGGGCCUGUGGUGUGUGAUCUGUGGCUAGCAUUGGACUAUGUAGUGAGUAACGCAUCUGUCAUGAACCUACUCAUCAUCAGUUUUGACAGAUACUUCUGUGUCACAAAGCCUCUCAGCUACCCUGUCAAAAGGACCACCAAGAUGGCAGGGAUGAUGAUUGCUGCUGCCUGGGUCCUGUCCUUCAUUCUGUGGGCCCCGGCCAUCCUAUUCUGGCAGUUCAUCGUGGGCGGGCGGACAGUGCCUGAGAGGGAGUGUUACAUUCAGUUCUUCUCUAAUGCAGCAGUCACCUUCGGCACGGCCAUCGCAGCCUUCUACCUGCCCGUUAUCAUCAUGGUCAUUCUCUACAUACAGAUCUCUAUAGCCAGUAAAAGCCGGGUGAAGAAAGAGACCAGGAAGCCGUCAGGGCCCAACCCAGAGGCCCUGUCCCACGAGCAGGCAAGGUGCAGUAAUACUGCCAAGCCCAUCAACAACAACGUGACAGCAGAGGACACAGAGCAGGGCAGGAUCGAAGCCACAGAUGACGUGGCCAACCAGCACGACGGUAAACUGCAGAACGGCAAGGGCCCGUCCACCACGGGUGGAGAGGGGGAGAUGGAGGGUGUAGACAGGGGUAGGGAGAACUGUGCCCACGGAGAGGAGAAAGAGAGCUCCAACGACUCGACAUCUGGCAGUGCAGCUGCGUCCAACCACAAAGAAGAAGAAGCGGUGCCAUCCAGAGCAAACUGCAACGCCGAGCUCGUUCAGCAGCCAACCCGCCACCGGGCCAAGGCAGGCGGGUCCAAACUCACCUGCAUCAAGAUUAAGACCAAGUCUCCCAAGGGGGACUGCUACACGCCCUCCAACGCCACGGUGGAGAUUGUCCACGCCACGGAGAAGCAGAACCACGUGGCGCGGAAAAUCGUGAAGAUGACCAAGCAGCCACCCAAGAAGAAGAAAGCGCGACCGUCUCGGGAGAAGAAGGUGACCCGUACCAUCAUGGCCAUCCUGGUGGCCUUUGUGGCGACCUGGACACCUUACAAUGUCAUGGUGCUCAUCAACACCUUCUGCUCCAGCUGCAUCCCCAGCACGGUCUGGACUAUCGGCUACUGGCUGUGCUACAUCAACAGCACCAUCAACCCCGCCUGCUAUGCCCUCUGCAAUGCCACUUUCAAAAAGACAUUCAAACAUCUCCUCCUCUGCCAGUACAAAAACAUUAGGUCAGCUAGAUGAAUAUGGAUGCGAGUGUUCGAGUGUGCGUGUGUGCAUGUGUGUGCGUGCGUGAGUGUGUGCGUGCGUGUGUGUGUGUGUUUGGCUCUGAUGAAUGAGAUUUGUGAUGCAACUGUUGAGACAUAAGACUUACAAAGAAGAGCACAGCCAGGAGAACAAAUACAUCGAACAUGAAAAGGACAGUUGGAUAGAGAGCUCUGCACUGCACAAGACGAAUUCUAAGGGAAAAUAGGGCUGACUGAAUUCACAUACUUCCCGUUUGAAAUUCAGUGUAAAAAAAAGAAACCUGUAUAUAUCAA